GCAACAACAACGUGGAGAGCCCCAACUGGCAGUCCUUCCACCCCACCCUGCGCGAGAGGAACGCGCUCAUGUUCAACAACGAGCUCAUGGCCGACGUGCACUUCGUCGUGGGGCCCCCGGGGGCGACCAGGAGGGUGCCCGCCCACAAGUAUGUCUUGGCUGUCGGAAGCUCCGUCUUCUAUGCCAUGUUUUACGGCGACCUGGCAGAAGUCAAGUCAGAAAUCCACAUACCAGAUGUGGAGCCCGCAGCUUUUCUGAUCUUACUAAAGUACAUGUACAGUGACGAGAUCGAUUUGGAAGCUGACACGGUGCUGGCCACUCUGUAUGCCGCUAAGAAGUACAUAGUCCCUGCACUGGCAAAAGCCUGUGUUAACUUUCUAGAGACAAGUCUUGAAGCCAAAAACGCCUGUGUUCUCCUGUCCCAGAGCCGGCUGUUUGAGGAGCCGGAGCUGACCCAACGCUGCUGGGAGGUCAUUGAUGCACAGGCUGAGAUGGCCCUGCGAUCUGAAGGCUUCUGUGAGAUAGACUGGCAGACGUUGGAAAUCAUUGUGACCCGGGAGGCUCUCAACACCAAGGAGGCAGUGGUCUUUGAGGCAGUCCUGAACUGGGCCGAGGCUGAGUGUAAGAGGCAGGGCCUGCCAGUUACCCCGCGCAACAAGAGGCACGUUCUGGGGCGCGCCCUCUAUCUGGUCCGAAUUCCAACCAUGACCCUGGAGGAGUUUGCCAAUGGUGCAGCCCAGUCGGACAUCCUGACGCUGGAGGAGACCCACAACAUCUUCCUGUGGUACACAGCUGCCAACAAACCCCGCCUGGACUUCCCCCUGACCAAGAGGAAAGGCCUUGCCCCGCAAAGGUGCCACCGCUUCCAGUCCUCUGCCUACCGCAGCAACCAAUGGCGGUACCGUGGGCGCUGCGACAGCAUCCAGUUUGCUGUGGACAGAAGGGUCUUCAUUGCGGGGCUGGGACUAUACGGCUCCAGCUCUGGGAAGGCUGAGUACAGCGUCAAGAUUGAGCUCAAGCGGCUAGGGGUGGUCCUGGCCCAGAACCUGACCAAGUUUGUGUCGGAUGGGUCCAGCAACACCUUCUCAGUCUGGUUCGAGCACCCAGUCCAGGUUGAACAAGACACUUUCUACACAGCCAGUGCUGUGCUGGAUGGCAGUGAGCUCAGCUACUUUGGGCAGGAGGGAAUGACAGAAGUGCAGUGCGGGAAGGUGGCCUUCCAGUUCCAGUGCUCCUCUGACAGCACCAACGGCACCGGUGUCCAGGGUGGGCAGAUCCCCGAGCUCAUCUUCUAUGCCUAAUGGCAGGGCGGCAAGGCUGUGCUGGCUAUUUAUGGCAGGCCGCCAAGCAAAUAUAGGGUCAGGGAUGCUCUGACCACCGCACUGACAUAGUUAAAGCUUCACCUACCUUGUGUUUCUGGUAUGUAGUCAACUGUAGCCCGAUUCUGUGAAGUAGAUGUCUCUUCUACACAGCCAGAGCCCACAAUGCAGGUGGAGGGCAGAUAUGGGACACAAGGCAGGUCUAGAUCCCCUCCCAAUGGUACCUGCACCACCUGCUUUGAGGGGUUGGUUGUUCCUCCCACCCUCUUGGACUCUAAGUGGUUGCAAGCUCAAUUUGACACUUUCCCUUCAAAUCGAAAGUCAACAAAAAAGUCACUUAAAAUAGUUUUAUCUAUUUAAGUGGACUUUCAUAAUAAAGGUUGCAUCAAAUGAUA